AUGUGGGUUUUAUCAUUAUUUGACAGAGCAUUUCUAUUUUUUUCUUCUGUGAAGAGAAAAUGGUGGUUCCAUGAUGAAGCACCAACAUAUGUCUCUCAACCAUCUUAUGACACCAACAGCAUCCAGCGGAGUGACUUCCAGAAGCCGGCAUGCCCACUGGUUUUGCCAGUCAAACACAGCAAGAUGCAAAAGCCUUCUUAUGGGAUAGUUCCACUUACCUCUCUGGAUGUAUCAGAAGAACACGAGGACAAUUUUGUAGAAUAUAUCUCUUUUAUACAUCAAUAUGAUUCCAGGAGAACUCCCAAUGAGCCCAUCCGGGGAAAGAGACACGGAACCUUCGUACAGAGAAAGAUAAAGCCAGAGACUAUGCCAAUAGCUCCUAAGGGACCAGAGGUAUUAUUGAACACUCCAGGGUCAGGUUCAUCAGAACAGCCCCAAAAAACAGACAAAGGAAAUUCAUCAGGAGACAACGUGACCUCACCACGCCUGUGCCAAAAGAAUUCUCAAGAACUGCUGGAGACUUAGAACAGCUUAUCAGAACCAGAAGGCAGCCCAGCCCAGCAGACCCAGAAGCCUGGCUAUGAGAGAUGACUGGAAGAGUGUUGUUCUCAACUGUAGGACAAGCUCCUCUCACCAGGCACUGGCCUUUAAACCCACUAAUAAAAAAGUCAGGGUAAAUGCGGUUAAGCUUUGGUAUCAAAAGUGUAAUCUCAGGAAUGUAGGCAGAUUUCCUCAGUGUCUGGUAGACACUUGGCACUGGAUUCAUCCAUCAUUGGAGUUGUU